AUGACUUCUGUCUGGCUUUGUCAUUACGUCACACUUGAUAUUUUCAUCCUGUCACACUUCUCACAAUCUAUCAACCAGAAAUCAAAAUUCUCAGUCAUGAAAUCAAAGAACCCAGAAGACCUAUGCCCCAGAAAAAAUAUAAUAAGGCGAAAUGGUAUAAAUAAAUCGAGAUCGGGCAAUGCAUUCAUGCGCUCCCCUGGUACUAGCCAUAUGUACUUCAAGCAGGUUUGUGCAGUGUGUGAACCAAUGUUUCUCAGUGCUCUUCAAGAUGCAAAACGAAGCGUGCGUCAAGUAAUAGCUCAACAUUGGAUGGACGUUAAAGAUGAAAUGACGAAAACGUUCCACCAUAAAUUCGUUGAGCACAGUUGCGUUUCGUGUGAGCCGAUCUUGCAGUCUGAAGUCAAAAAGAUGUUGAGGCAAUACCAACAUCUACUAGACACUAAGUUCCAUGAGAUCAUGGAACUCUGUCACAAUAUAGUCACGUCUAAUUUGUACAAAAAGUAUCAUUUUAAGACCAUUAAACGAAGAAUAGUCUAUUUGCAUUGUCUUUAUCUCUGCUUUGUUCAAGAGAAUUUAUGUUCUUCCUAG